AUGGGAACUCAUUGUAACGAAAUCUCCCGCGGUUUUGCGUUUGCCCCAUUUGAUUUAACGUAUCGUUAUAGAGGUUUAGAACCUAUCGUUGUUGAUUUGCCUAUUAGCCAGCUACGACUCUUACUACAAAAACAACAAAAUUGCUAUGAGAAAUGUUCCGCACUCACACAACUUCUCUCGCUCUUCACCUCACUAAAAAACAGCUGGAAAAAUGAUAAAGUGAUCGAAACAGAACUUUAUAAUUGGAUGACAACGAACAGAUUUGAGCCGGAGAUGAUAUUUAGAAUAGUGUACAAUGAACGGAAUCAUGUCAAAUUUGCAUCUCUUUUAGCAUUUUUUUAUAUGCGGGGGAUUGGAACGAAUGUUAAUGCUGAAGAAGCAUUUCAUUUCAGUUAUUUUGCCGCGUCGAAGGGUGAUUUAAUAGGUCAAAAUGACGUUGCAUGCUGUUACCAAUUCGGAACUGGAACAAUAAAGAAUGAAAGGAAAGCUUUCUAUUGGUUUAGAAAAUGCGCUAAAGAGGGCAAUGUGGCGGGAAUAUUCAACCUUGGAAGCUGCUAUUAUCAUGGAAUUGGGACAACAGAACGUCAUGAUAAGGCUUUUGAUUGUUUCUUAAAAGCAGCAGAAGCGGGUUUUGGAGCGGCACAAGGUUGCGUUGGAUUUUGUUAUCGACAUGGCAAAGGAACAAAGCCAGAUUUAAAAACAGCACUCUAUUGGUACGAACAAGCAUCUAAUUCGGGAAAUGCACAAGCUCAAUUGAAGCUUGCGUACUGCUACCAACAAGGAAUCGGGUUGAAAAAAAGACGAAGAAUAUGCCGUAAAACUAUAUACAAAGUCGGCGAAAAAUACGGACUCGGCAUAAAAAAAAAUGAUGUGACCGGAUUCUACUGGCAUUUGCAAUCCGCUAAAUGCGGAAACGCACGCGGUCAAAACAAUGUUGCACGUUCAUAUAAAAGCGGACAAGGAACCGUGCGUGAUGUCCACGAGGCGAUACGAUAUUAUCGACAAGCGAUUUCGCAAGGUGGGAAUUCUCACGUGUAUAGUGAACUGAAGUCGUUGUUAUUGAAUGAGUGGUGGUGA